AUGGGGGAUUCUAUCAGGAGUCAGAGCAACAAUGGAGGCUUACACCAUGAUGAGCCGAAAGAGGGACUCGUGCGGCGGGUUGCGUCCAACAGAGUGGCGCUAAACGUAAUGGGGCGCACAGAAAGAGCGCUCCGAAUGGCCCUUGGAGGUGCUCUGAUCAUGGCACUGACCAUGUGCGACCUCCCGCACAUGGACUACUCUUUUAAAUACAUUGGACCCUUCUUAUUUUUCGUUGCUGGCACGUUGGCACCUCCCAUGCUGAGCUCACUAGUGAUUCUUCUGUUUGCGGGCUUGGCUUGUAUCUUGCUGGCGUGCGCUCUGGCAACUACGCUAGUUUCUUGUCUGUUAAUCGGCAGCGGUGGAAAAGCUCUCUGUAUUGUCAUUUACUCCGUUUUCAUCCUUUGGUCUUCUUUCUUGACGACGACCAAGACAAAGGAUAUGACCCUCAUCGGCUCUUACAUCCUGUUGUACGCCGUACCCUUGGCUACGCUAAUCGCCUCCCCCUAUGCUUCUGAAGGUAUUAGCAUAGAGCUUACGCCUGAGCGAUUCGAGGCUUUGAAAGCGUUCGUCGCUAACAGCAGCGUUGACGAUAUCCUGGCUGCCGCAUCCAGCUUCCUACUGGUUACCCCCGAUAAGGCGGUCGAAUUCGUUAACGCGCUGACGAAGCCUUCGGCUCUGCGAUUGCUAGUUCUUGUUGCACGUGUCCUGCACAUUAAGGUUCCCGCCCCAACGUACAAGGAACUAAGCCCGCAAGAGGCAUUAGGUCUCUACUUGACCGUUCUCGGUAGCUUUCCACAGGGGACGCCACUCCACUUUGAGAAGAAAGUGCCUAGAGGGGCGGGGCUGGAUCUUCCCCAGGAUUGGAUGUACGAUAUACCCUUUUUCGUAGAAGGCAUUAGCGGGCAAACCAUAACUGUUGGCGCGAGGCCGGGCGCGUGGUUUAUCAGGGCUCUCUGGGUUGCAUCGGGAUCUGUUGGAAUCCUUCGAAAUCUCAUCAUAUUUGCAUUCCUGGGAUUCGCAGUGUACUUUUUAGUCAUGUUGGUGCCGCCAAUUAGACGGCAACGGGAUGUUGCAGUCAGGGAAAUGGCGAAUGCGUGCAGCGUCAUCCGCAAGUCGCUACGUCUAGCAAAGGACAGGCUGGCGGCAAUGGAUUCGGUAGUCGAGGAUUCAACACGAGUCCCGAAGGGAAUCGUGAAUGGCAAGGAAGAUCAGCAUGAUGUAGAGAGUGGAGCGGCAGACUUUUCGAAAGCAGAGUCUGAGAACCUCUACAAAGGGGCUGCUGGUGCUCUGGACGAGGUCGUUUUAAGUCUGCUGGAUACGCAAAAGGCUACACUGCUAUCCGGCAUGGAGCCCUACUUGCUGUACCCGGGCCCUGGCGUGUGGACCAUGAAGGAACUUGACGAAGUGCGAAAAAGACUGAUUCAGUGCUGUUUGCGGACGCAAAAUGUGCUGCAGCUGAUCCUCCGCCCUCAACACAAGAAUGCCAUCGGCUGCCUGAAUUCAAAUCCCGCCCUGGUCUCUGCUGGCAGGCCCCUGUUGGACAAAUGCAUACGGAUGUACGAGCUGUGCGAGGACCUUUUAGUGACGUUUCCUUCUAUGUUUUCCCCUUCCAAAAGCAAGCAAAAAGCAGAAGAGCUGAUGGAGCAUAUGGGUCUCCUGGAAGGCGAAAUGCGUUCGUUGGCUUUGGAAGUCUUCCACCCGUCAGAAUUAGACACAGAGAAUGCCAUUGUUCAGCUGGAGGCAGACACCGCUGCUGCAGCUUGCUCAGCACCCGCAGAUGAAAAUUGUGUAGAUGAACCAAGAUCUGUAGACCGGCGGGAAUCCUUUGCACGGGCAAAGGAGCUCCUUCCCGUGGGCCUUGCUGUCACUGCUUUCGUACAAGCUAGCUAUUCGGAGCCCCUGUGGCUCAGCCGAGCAAUUUGUGCCUUGAACAAAGCACAGCAAACCAAUACUUGGCAUGGGCUCGCCAUGAAUCUAGUCUUUCCUUUCGUGCCCGUCGUGGUGCAUGCUCAGCGACUUCUCGUCGCGCCCGUGUCCGCUUUAGCAUUUUGGUGGAAACAGUGGAGAGGGCCGCUCGCUUGGUGGAAGGACCCAGAGGUUUGGUACAUCAUCAAGCUUGUCAUUCCACUAAUCGCAAUCUUCGCCUGCGGCAUUUGCUUCCCGGAAUUUCUUCAGUACUCCUGGGGCGUCGAGGUGACCGAGAGUCCUAUCUUCUUGGACAUCUCCAAUCAGGGCAUUGCAACUCGCAUGGUUCCUUGGUUUUUACUGGGGUACCUCACAGUGCUGCAAACGACAUAUAACGGCACUCUACACCGAGCUCUUGGCCGCAUAGUGGGUAUUUUGCUGGGGUCCUUUUGUGGUUGGGUGGGAAUGAAGCUGUUCGGCUCAAAUUUGGCUGCCCUCAUCGCAUUUUGUUCGGUGACGGUGUUUGUUGACAUUUUUGUUUUUGCCGAUCCCCGUCACCCCCUCGACGGAUUCAGCAGAAGAUGGGGAUACUCAGGAAUGGUUUUCACCUACACGCAGUCGCUCAUUGUCACUUUGGCAGCAGGCGGACUGGGCGGCUUGACAGGUCUGUAUCGCUUGGCCAUGCUGGGAACCCUGAAGCAAUGCAUGGUCGUAUACUCCACCUAUGCCACUGGGGAUCGGGACUACUUGGUGACCACUCGCAUUGUGAGCACUAUUAUGGGCAUUCUUUUGGCAAUUAUUGUGGCGCAUCUGCCUCCACGUGCUAGUGCCGCGACAUGCGCCUGCAUUGAUUACUCCCAAGUUAUGCAGGGGUGCACGAGGGAAGCCAGCCACUUAGUGCAAACUUUCCUUGCCCUCUGUGAAUCGACAAAGGAGGAGCAGGGCGCCUGUCCUGCCGAUAGUGCAGAGGGGUCCUCUCCCUUGCAAAGGGAACAAGAAGAAAUCGCAGCAGCGACUAAGGCUCUAGAGAAAGACAUAAAGGAGAAGCUUGGGUCAGGAUCAAUGCUUUUGCGUGAGGGUUGCUACGUUCCAUUGCUGUCACCGUGGAGAAUCCCCAAAUCCCUUACAAAAGUGAAGGUCGCAGCGACUUCAAUGCUACUUGAGGCGCAGGAGACAGCUCAACUCGUAGAGGGCAUGCUCGAAGACUGGAAAGAAACAACAGCUGCCCCUGAAACGGCAGUAGCAGGAAAGGAAGAGCUAGAGUUGUUGCCCAUGGCAGACUCAGACACACAAGGCGCUGCAAACAAGGGGCUGGCAGCAAGGAGCUGGAGUGUUUCCCUAAUGCGGCACGGUGUCGAGCUCAAGGAAGCAUUGCUGGCUACAUGUGAUUCCCUUUGCACUCUUUCUGCGGCUACCAGCACGGAGUUGUCCUCAGCACUGCCGGCGUUUGGCGAUAAGCUCAUGUGCUGCCAACGGCGUUAUUCCCGCCAAGGCGACAGCCCUGAAGGCCGUGAACAGGCCUUCGAAGACUGUAGCUUGGCUGUGGACGCCUGUGCUCAAAGGGUAAUCGUUGCACUAAUAGAGUGUCUGGGGGAGCAAUGUGGAGAGCGCCGCUUGUCUUCAGCAGCUCGCACAGCAUCCGCUUUCGUGAUAAUGAAGAUGCUGUACCAUUUGCAGAGCAUGAAGUUCAGCCUCGACGAGGUUCAUGCAGCAGCAGUAGAAGGUUUGAAGGGGCUGGCCAGCGGAGGGGAGACUUUCAUCAGGCACUCCUUGCUGGAUCAGCUGACUAGGCUUUUUACCGUGGGAUCUUCCCCUUGUGCUGCUUGA